UGAAAGACCUAGGUUCAAAAUAUGGAACAUUUACCAUCAUUGGAGAUGGACAGUUAACGCAGCUCUCUCCUCAGCAACAAGUCACACUCAAGUGCGGUGAUAAUGUGAGGUUUGGUAUACAGUGGAACUCAUGGAGAGUAGAUUAUGUGCCGCUGCUGGUGGCAAACGUCCACACUGACUCAGGAGGAGAAGACAGAGGUCAAACAGCUGGUGACGGCUCUAGGAGGGCAAGUGGUCAGCGACUGGCAUGAUAAGUGUACACAUCUCACCAUGAACAAACUCACCGUUACUGUCAAGGUAGUAUGUGCCCUUGCUGCCUGCCAACCAAUUGUAAUGCCUUCCUUUUGGAAGAGUAUGACGCAGGCUCUGACGUCCAUGCAGGCCACUCUACCGGAUUGCAAGGAUUUUGUACCACCUUUGGCUGAAGCAGUACUGAAUCCUUCAGAAGUCUCGUUUGCUCCCAACAGUGCAAGGUGUCAACUAUUCAAAGGCUACACAUUUGUUGCCUCAUCACCCAAACAGCUGAAUCGGAUCAAAUCCAUGGUUACUACUGCAGGAGGCACAGCGGUUGAGUUCUCUGCGAGAGUUUGGACCGAAGACAAACUGAUGAAUGAGAAAACUAUUUUAAUGUUGCAUUCAGCCAAUGGCAAGCAGAGCUCCCAGAACUCACAGGUUCCUGAUGGUUACAUCACUGUUGCUCGUAAAUUGAGGGAAAAAGGGGUACGCUGUAUCCCGGAGUCUGAGAUCGGGCUUGGUGUGCUGUACUGCAGCAUGGUCCAAUACUGCAACCCUCGCUUCAGUGCCAAUUCUGUCCUGGGGUCUUCCAACAGUUCUCUGGAGUCCACACAGCCAGUCAACGUCAUAUGUCCUGAAUCUGAGGAAAAUACAAACUCCUAGUGCUGACAAUCAAGAUUAUAUCAACACUGUUCCCAGGUCUUUUGAGUCAUCAACUUCCAAGAAGAGGAUGCAUGAGGAUGUAAGUGAAGAUGAAGAACAAACCAGAAAGAAACCAGAUAAAAGGGGAGAGUCUCAAGAUAUAUUUGAUUCUCAAGGCUCUGGUGUCCAGAAACCAAGCUGUAGUGGAUUAAGUUUGACCUUGAAGAAGGUCACUCCUGCUGAAGAUUCUUCUAAAGAAAAACGGCCAGUCCUAAAUUCAAAUCCUUCCCUCGAUAUGUUUGCA